GAUUUUUGGUGCGUCAUCAGGGAGCACUGUACAACACAUUAGUGUGCAGAACCUAGUGGAUUGGUGCAUAAAUUGCUUGUGAGCGUUGAUGACAACAAAUGGGUGGUGUAGCUGGGGCUCCCGUAGUUGUGACAAGGCGGAGCGGCGCUGAGCUGCAAGGACCUUACAAGGCUGUUUGCAGUUUUAAUUCUAUUAAACAUCCACUUGCUGACUGUAGUGUCCUCUCUUUAGGGGCCAGGACACAGAUGGAGGAAAUGUUGAAGAAGCCUGCAACAGUGUUUCAGUAACACACAGAACCAAAUUUGGACCAAGUAAGAUGCCCGCAAUCUCGUGUCCUGCAGGAGAGCUGGUCUCUGUGUCUCUGAACGACGUGGUGCGAUUACACUGUCCUGCAGCGUCACAGCUGUCCCACCAGCUGUGGGAGCGUCCAAACAGCCGCCUGUCCUCAGACCUCUACCUCCACCUGCAGGAUGGGAGCCUCAGCUUUGUGGCCACCCCAGCCACCCUGGGCCACUACCUCUGUCUGUCCACAGAGAACGGCUACCGACAGACCAUGGCCAUUUAUCACGUCAAGCAGAAGAGCAGUCCCAUGGCUCAGACUCCAACCAGCUACACCCGGAGCCACACGCGAGCCCAGCCCACUAGGGAGGGGCCUAAAGCAACAGAAUCCAGACCAGCAGUGACAAAACCCUCACUGGCCAUCAGGAACACUCCAGUCACCACCAGGCAGCUUGAUAGAAAUCUGGAAACAAAAUUCCGUGAUGGGAACCCUCUGCUGUCAGCCUGCUGCCCCAGCUACCUGAAGGAGCUGGUGGUGGUGUCCGUUCUGCUGGUGCUGUGCCUCAGUCUGCUCAUCACAGUCACUCUGUAUGUUCUCAGACAACAAUGGCGGAGACAGACUGCACCUGGAAUGGGAACUCCAAGCAGGAGCUCUGACCGGAGGACCCCUGAGGAGCAGGAGUCCUUGAGGGAGAAUGAGUUUGGGAGCAAAGCUAAUGGUCAGGUGCCCUCUGGUGGACAUGCCAGUGGCUUGGUUUGUAACAGGAACCUUACAGACUCUACCCAGAAUUUGCCAAACACUCCCUUCUGAGCAGCAGCCAAAGAGCCUUUUGAGCUGCUACAGAGCAGAGCACCAUCAAGGGGGAACAUUGCAGUAGCAGGGCUCAUUUGGUGAGCGCUGCACAGCAACAGUGCAGGGCAAAGUUAGACUUCCUGAAUGUUCUGCAGCCUGAGUACUGCGCAAGUGGCUGCUCCACUUGUUUUCUUUAAAGGGAACUUGAUCUUUUCCAAUACAAAUUAAUGGUAGUUGGAUCCUAACAAACAAAGCAGAGCUUAGUCUUUAAACCACAUCUGAGAUCUGACUGUUAGCUCAAGUCUAAUGAAAUGUGUAAAUCUGUUUUAUGAACUAUUAGCAGUUCAACUGUGGUCAGUAGCCAAAACCCACCUUUCCAGUUAGAAUGCUGUUGAGGUAACAGGGAUGUGAUGGUAUAUGGAGCUGUUUGGGUCAGACGGUGUUCCGCACCUCAAUGAUGUGUCUUUUUAAAGAUGUUCUGGUGGAGUUCUUCUUAUUACUUUAUCUGAUUUUCUUUUCAUGACAUCCUGGACUUUUUUUUUAUCUCAUUGAUAUUCCUUAACUCCUGUUCUGAUUACACUCUUUUGUCACUGCACAUGUUUUCCUGCUCAUCAAUAAACCAGAUGCUGAUUGUUUUUGAUGCAUUCA